GCAGUGAACCGUUAUCUCGAGCUGAAAGGUUUGUUUUCCUAACAGACCAGCGAGAGGACGGUCAGGAUAUCCGAUCAUCCAGGGCGGAUUUUCCUUCUGAUCUAGGCGAUAAAAUGUGGUGAUGGGGGCGGCUACGGCAGUCUGUUUGGUCUUUCUGUGUGGAGUGUUUGUCUCUGCUCUCGGAGACCAACACUCUCUGUACUACAUUUACACCGCUCUCUCCAAAGAUGUCGCUCUACCAGGGAUCUAUGAGUUCACAGGACUGGGUCUGCUCGAUGACCGGGAGAUCGACUACUACAACAGUAAGGACCAGGUUAAGGUUCCUAAGCAGGACUGGAUGAGGGAGAGGCUGCAAACAGAUUACUGGGAAAAAGGCACCCAGUCUCGCAAGAGCAAAGAGCAGUGGUUCAAGGUCAACGUGGACAUCCUGAUGCAGCGAAUGAGACACAAUCAGACCGACCUUCACGUUCUUCAGUGGAGACAUGGCUGUGAGAUCGAUGAGUCAAAUGGACACGUAAAAUUUCUGAAAGGCAUUGAUGAGUACAGCUACGAUGGGUCAGAGUUCCUCUCUUUUGAUGAUGACAACAUGCGGUGGAUCGCUCCAGUUCCAGAAGCUGAGUCAACCAAAAGGAAAUGGGAUGAUGUGGCCAUCCUGAACCAGUACACCAAGGGUUACCUGGAGAGAGAAUGUGUGGACUGGCUCACCAAAUUCAUGGAGUACGGAGAAGAAACACUGAGAAAACACUCUCCACCAGAUGUUCAUAUGUUUGCGAAGAAAUGCACAACUGACUCGACCAAGCUGACCCUGACCUGCAUGGCCACGGGCUUCUACCCCAAAGACGUGGUGGUGAGUCUGAGGAAGUUCAGAACUUCACUGCCUGAACAUCUACUAACAUCUUCAGGAGUCAGACCCAAUGAAGACGGAACCUACCAGCUGAGGAAGAGUGUGGAGAUCCUGGAGGAUGAAAAAGCAGAAUACGACUGUUUUGUGAAUCACAUCACCCUCAACAAACCACUAAUUAAACAAUGGGAUGGAAAGUGCUAUGACUGUACAACGGGGAACAUUGUGAGUUUCAUUCUUGGAGCCCUACUUGCAGGGCUUGUGGCGGUCCUGGUCGCUGUCAUCGUUGUUCUUAAAAAGAGAGGAAAAAUCUGUGAGAAAAGUAAGAGUGGGGCAUAUAUUCAAGCUUCUACAGAUAAUGGAGACGUUAAAAAGGUGCCGAUUGACAUCAGUGGGGAUAGCACUGUGUUCAUUAUAAGCAAAUAAACAUAGAAGUAUUACAAUAGAAUAGCCAGGAAACAUGAGUUAAAAUGGGAGGAAAUUCUGGUGCAUUCAUUUAAAUUCAAUUUAGAUUCCUUCAAAUCCCAGUCAGAAUUGGUUUUUAUUGUGGUCAGCUGGAUAUUCCAUACUUUCUUGCAAUCCUUGAUACUAAAUUUUAGGUCAGAAUGUUUCAGUGUUUUCAGUGAUUGGGGUCAUGUGUGUUGUGUAGCUUCAUAUUUAAUAUAUAUUGGACAAGAGUACUCAACCUUGCACUACUAAACUAUGAAUGAUAUACACAACAGCAACUAGGCACUAUAAGUAUUUUAAGCAGAACCUCUGGUCAAGGUGUGAAAGAGUGGCAGUAACCAAACGUGUUGACUAGCAAUUUGUUCAUUUUAAGCAUAAAAGCCUGAGUGUAUCACAAUAGACAAAUCAGGAAACAUGAGUUAAAAUGAAUACUUUUUACCUUCCUGAAUACUAAAUUUUAGGUCAGAAUGUUUUAUUGUUUUCAGUGAUUGUGUUCGUGCAUGUGCUGUGUAGCUUCAUAUUUAAUAUCCAGUUCAUAAGCAUGCCAUUGCAGUACUCAACUGUGUACUUAUUUGUAGCUGUUUGUAUUGGUUCCGAAUAUGUGGAGUGAUUUUUUAAUCUACUUAUGCUUUUAUUCAUUUUUACUUGUGCAGUAUUUCUAGAUUCUAGAUAAGCUAAUUUCAGUAAAGCUAAUUUCAGUAAAGCUAAAUUAACUUGAAUUGUCUUUCAAAUAUUGAUGGUGGGAGUAUUUUUUACGUGUAACUGUGAAGGAAAAUGGUAGUUUUUUCUGAUAUAGGUUUUAAUCAAUGCUGACAUAAAUCUUUUUCUAUGCCAAAUGAGAUACGGCAGCGUUCAUACUACAUUUGGGACAUAGAGAACAAAUAAUAUACAACACUACAGAUAAUAAAAUAAGUAGAAACAUAAAAUAAAAAAAACACAAUGCUUGCAAGAAGCAUAGCUGAAAGAUGUGCAGUGUUGAGAAAGUAAAUAUUGUAUUCACUAAAAAUACUAAAGUAUUGCUGUCAUGUGAUAUGAUAUUUAGCUAAAUUAUUGCAUUUAUGGAAA